AAUAACGUCAUGUGUAUUUGACCAUAACAGAGAUUUUCAUGGAGGGAUGCGAUUCAGUAAAACGAAACGAUCAAUACCUAUCAAUGGAGCUUUCUAUUGCAACCUACACAGAUUUAUCUUCUCUGGAUGGACUCAGUGAAUUUUCAUUCGUUGUUGAUUGUACAUUGUAACACGUGGUUGUUGAAGAAUUUGUAAGAUGAACGCGGAGGAGGUCAAAGUUGGAUGCUUUCAAAUAGUUAUCGUGUUGCUGUUGGGUGUUAAUUAUGUGAUCGUUGCUAUGAGCCACGCGUUGCCGAUUUUUCACAAUUACACGCCGAAAUUUUACUGCCAGGCAAAAAACGGAACGAAACGAACGUACGGUUGUCAAGAUCUCAGCAACGCGACUAUUGCAACCAAUCAGACUUCCGGUCUCGAGUCAUUGGAUUUAAAUCUGUGUUUCGGAGAUUAUCAAUUUGCAACCGAGUUUGGGGAAAACAGCGUGGUAACGGAAUGGGGUUUAAUAUGCGAAAAACAAUAUUUGACGUUUCUUGGUCCAACCGUUUAUUAUAUCGGUGUAUUAAUGGGUGCUUGGAUCGCCGGCCUUUUGGCGGAUCGUAUCGGAAGACUUCCGGUCCAAGCGAUAUGCCUUUACACUCAGGGCACGAUGGCUGUGGCGUUGUACGUCGUGCAGAACUAUCCUACGUUCCUGGCUCUUCGCGGACUGCAAGGAGUCUUUGUUCAGGGUCUGCAAAAUUCGACUUACAUUUUAUCCCUGGAACUGUUUCCUGCGAAAGCGCGGACAUUCGUUGCUUUAGUUAUGCAAAUUGCGUGGGCCAUUGGUUUACUACUCCUUGCUGCACUCAGCUACGCCAUACCUGACUGGAGGAUCUUGCAGUUGGCCGUUUCGGUUCCUACAGCGAUCACGGUGCUUUACAUUUGGAUGAUACCAGAAUCGCCGAGAUGGCUGCUAGCGAAGGGAAAAACGACAGAAGCAGACAUGGCAGUGGAACGCAUUGGAAAGUACAAUGUUUGCUGCACCAAAUCGCGAAGGGAGAAUUCUAAAACGGAAAUGAGCAUUCUCGAAAAUACAACGCCGAUUAAACCGGAGAGAAAGUCACGUGUUUCUUGUGCAGACCUGAAGAAAACAAAAACCGACAGUGAAAUGAAAGAAGAGGCUGCUAAUCUACUAAGCAGCAACGUGGACGUUGCUGAACAGAAAGUUCGAAAAACAAGUUUAAGAGCAAUUUCCGAAAAUCUGGAGAGCAGACUAUCUAAAACGGAAUGCGAAACGGAGUCUUCUCAACUCGAAGGUGAAGUGGACAAAAGGAAUAUUCCAUCCAGCUCUAAAAGUCAUAAGAAGUCCAAGUCGAUAUCCCAGCCAGCCAAUAAUCAGCGAUUAUCCAUGAAGAAAGCGUACGAUACCGUAGAGCUGCGCUCACCUGAGAAGAAAGAGAUGUUGGUCACGGAUGAAGAGAAGAAGUGUGAAAAAAUUGAAGAGAAUAUGCAAACCAAACAUGAAUUGAGGGAACAAUUGAAAUCCAUACUUUUAAGAAAAUAUGGAGCUGUAAUGGUUUUUCAAUGGUUUACCUCCUCCAUGGCCUGUUAUGUUUUCAUGACACUUGUCCCACCUUUGCCUCUUAAUCGACACGUCGACUUUGCUUUAGGAGGGACUUUAGAAAUUGCAACUUAUGUGUUCACCUACUUUGUACUCUCCAGAUAUGGCAGACGGAUACCUAUGUCUGCAUAUCAAUCCAUUUGUGGUGUUAUUUGCAUUUUAAUAGCGGCUACAAUUAUAUUGUCAAAUCCUGUGACAACCAUUGACCUCACAAAAACUAUCAUGCUCCUGUUUGGUAGAAUAACAGUAAUGAGUACUGUUUUUGUAGCAUAUUUAUACACGACUGAGAUAUUUCCAACUGUUGUACGAGGCACCUGUUUAGGUCUCUGUACUGUUUCUGCCAAAAUAGGCAGUUUGUGUACACCGCAUGUGUUAUUAUCGGGAGAAUAUUUUCCAGUCACCAUUCCACUACUGAUCAUUGGAAUGCUAUGCUUAGUGUCUGGAGCUCUCGUUUUGAUCUUACCAGAAACUUUUGACAAAGUCUUACCGGACACGUCAGAAGAUUCUGAAUUGUUAACAGUGAAAAGAAGAGAGAAAAGAAACAAUGAUAAUCUGAAUAACGAAACCCCACCUACCAUUGAAGAUGCCUCAGAAAGGGAGAUACUCAGAACAAAAUUGUUUUCGGAGGAUUGGGUGGAUGCUGGAAAUGGUAUAUUAGUGAAUUUCACGGAGAACAAGAAUUCUGACUGAAAACUAUGGGCAUGUUAAAAAAUGAGAUCACUUUAUUGUACUGUUUAGAAGCCUUGAUUUUUUAUAAGGAUUUUUACGAUGUGAUUGGAAAUGUAAAUUUUUGACUGGACAUUUACUACUUUUUAUGGUUCUUUAUAUAUGUAUAUUUAAUAUCGUAAUAUGUGAUUUAGAUUACUUAAGCGCAAGUACUAUAUUUUUCAUAUUAUAGUAAUUUCUUGUUUGUUAAAUAUAAUGCGUUAAACAAAUUAUAAUAAAGUAAGUUGUCACUGCCUGCUAAAACAAAUGUAGGAGCUGGAAUGUUUCAUAUU